CACCCUGGCAGCAACACCUAGCGAUGCCUCGCGGCCUUCAGCAGGCGAAUGGUCGACCACCAUGAUGUGAUGUUUGGCUAGGAUGGUAUUGCUGACCAUGGCGACAGUAGCAGCGCUCCUGGUGGUAACUGAAGCAAACUACCCUGUGUUUGAUGCCUCCAACAACAUGCGACACCUGCUGCUUCCCUCGGACACCCGCAUAGGAACUGUCAUAUACAGACUGAGAGCUACCGACCCCGAUAGGGACUAUCCGCUCUCAUUUGCUGCCACAGAUUAUGGGAGCUAUGUGAUCCGCAUUGAAAGUCUUCAGUGUCACAUAAACGCAUCGAGCUGUUCAGCAAACGUGUUCCUGGAGCGCAGUGUCGCGCCGGGCCAGCUGUACAAGUUCCGCCUCACUGUGCGUGACACCACGGGCGACACCACAACUGUAGCGGUCACCAUUGAGGUCACCACGGGUCAAACUGACAUCAACACUGUGUUCCCCCACAUCCCAGGGGUUAUAAUGGUUCCCGAGGACACAAGAGUAGGCACUGAACUAGAGUAUGUUAUAGUAAGAAGAAAUCAAAGAAUACCACGUCCAGCCACAAUUGAACUUUGGCCAGCUCCUGAAUUCCGUCUUGUUCAGAGUUCGAAAAAAGAAACAUCAACGGGCCUUAUCAAAUUAGCUCAGUCAUUGGAUUAUGAACUUCAGACAAUGUACAGAUUGUCAAUUUAUGCUCUGGACAUGUUCGUGGUACCAGGGGAAGAUUCCCGCAACAUCGCAGGGUUCCAAGUAGUGGUUGUGGUGUCGGAUGUGCAGGAUACUCCCCCAGUCUGGGACCACAUUGAUCCUCUUACAGUCUUACCAGCAAACCUCACUCAGGGCUCACUAGUGAUGAGGGUGACAGCACGAGAUGGUGACACUGGCUCUCCACGCAGGCUUAAGUAUGGCCUCAUCUCUGAAGGAAAUCCAUUCACUGUCUUCUUCUCUAUUGAAAGAGAUAAUGGAGAAAUACGUCUGGUGCGCCCAUUACGAGAGCUAGCUUCCAUCUCUCGGCCCCACCAGCCUGUGUUGCUACGAGUGGUGGCCGAGGAAGUUGUCACUUCUGUGGACGAGCCUCAAGCCAUGGCUAGUGAGGCUACAGUGGCUCUCUUGGUGGCUCAACUAGACAACUCUGCUCCAUACUUCAAAUCAACUCAUUACAACACAAUGCUGGAGGAAAACAGUGUCCAAGGGACUUUGUUGAUAUUCAGUGAAAGCACCUCGGUCAAGGAUAAUGAAGUGGGAAAGAUAGGUGUGUUUGCUCUGUCACUGGAAAACAACAACGGCACUUUUGAGGUGAGCCCGAGUGUAGCGGAGGGUCAGGCUCAGUUCACAAUCCGUGUGAGGGACAACUCAUUGUUGGACUACGAGACUAACAGAGUCCUCUCCUUCAGGAUAGUGGCUCAAGAAGUGGCUCCGAGCAACAAGGCUGUAUUUUCCUCAGUGAACGUAACAGUGUAUGUGCUGGAUGUGAAUGACAAUGCUCCAGUGUUUGCGCAGCCUCAGUACAUAGUGAGCAUGGCUGAAAAUGUGACGGGGGGACACAAAGUUACCACAGUGAUGGCGACAGACGUGGACACAUCUAUGGGAGGUGUAGUCAGGUACACCCAGCUGUUAGGACACCUGAACACUUCCCUGACACUUCACCCUCACUCUGGGGACAUCACUGUCACUGACUCCACUCACGGCUUCGACCGAGAACAAGCUUCAGAGUACCGUUUUAUAGUAGAGGCAAGAGAUAUGGAUGGGUUAGGCCACAGGGCUACAGUACCACUGAUAAUUACGGUGAUAGAUGUGAACGAUGAAGCACCAAGAUUUGUUCGGGAUCCAAUGGACUUUGUUCUGGACAAAUAUGGACUAGGAUUUGUUGAACGAGCAUUUAUAAAGGCCCUUGAUGCAGAUGCUGAGCCCCCUAACAACAUUGUUCGCUAUGAGAUUGUCAGUGGAAACUAUGGAGAUCGCUUCUCUGUGCAUGGAGAGACAGGGGAGCUGAGAGUAGUGAAGCCUGUCAACCGUCCAGUUAGACAGACAAUAUCUGCAAUAACUACUCUGACAGUACGAGCUUAUGAUAUGGGUAUUCCCACCAAGUGGAGUAUAGCUCAGGUGCGUGUAUACCCCCAUACCAGUGGAGUGCGAGUGUUGGUGUUUUUGGUACCAGGACGUCCUGACAAGAGCUCUGCAGAGCAGCUACUAGAGAAGGCCACUGGCGCGCCAGUCACUGUUCAGCAAGUCACACCUCUACCUCACUAUCGCGGGCCCAUGCCAGUCCAGGAUCUCUCGCAGGGUAGUGGGCACUCUGACAAGAGUGUGGUGGUGGCUACAGUCAUGUACGGAGACAACUCUGUAGCUGCUACGGAAGUGGAAAAGCUGCAUCAGUCAAGCAACAAGACACAGUUGGUAGCAGCUGUGGGCGCAUACCAGACUGAGAACCGCUUGUUGUUCUGGAUCUUGUUGCUUAUUCUGCUCUUGAUUGCUCUUACACUGCUCACUCUACUGUGCUGCUGUCUCUGUCCUUGUUGUCCUCUCUAUGCAACCACCAGGAAAAGAAGUCGCAUUCAUACUGCAGAAAAAGUCCAAUUUGUGGUUAAGGAGGAAGAUCCCGGACAUGAAUCUAAGUCAGUUCAAGCUGAGUGGAAUGGCACUGAACGCAGGGAAGCAUGGAGUGGCAACACUUACACUCACCACUCAUGGCAGUUCAACCGACGCAACACCCAGCCGCAGCCACAGCCACAGCGUGUACUGCUUGUGGCGGAGGGGGGUGGGGGAGCUCAACAACCUCCUGUCAGCGUAAUUUACACCAGGGACUUAGCACAACGCCACGACCAUGUCAUGCUGGAGGAUGUUGACGGCACUGAGUAUAGGGUCCUUGAUCCAUCUCAAAUGACUCUUCCCGUUCGAGUAGAAGAGGAUUUAGAUGCAGAGUCUAUUAGACGACACGAAUUUGAACGUGGAUCUGACCUUGGAAGAGUCCAAAGAAGAGACAACAUAGCAGAUUCAGAACUCCGAACUCGGGAUCAGAUGUUUAUUAGAGAUGGAAAUGCAGAAAUCUUGAGACUUGUGACAAGAGGUCGUGUUGAAGAAGAAGAACCGAGGUUGAACCAGCCAGAUACAAGACCCUACACCAUAGUGGAGGGCAUGGAAGGUGCUGCAAAACAGGAGGAAGAAGGCAAAGAAAUUAUCAUGCAACGUUUCAUUGAAGACCAAAAGAAAUCUACAGAGGAUAAUGAGAAAAAAAUAAACGAAGAGGAAGAGCUUGAUGGGAUUGAUAUAAAGGGAUCAGAAAAAGCAAAAAGAAACACAGAAAAUGGACAUUUUUUACAAAGUUUAUUAGACAGAAACCAACAAAAUUUUUCAUCUUCUGAAAUAAAUAGACUAACAGUAUUACAGAGAGAUUUACUGUUGACAAGGUUUCUAGUUGAAGAACAAAGAAGAACUUUAAGUCAACUGCCAGUUCAUGAUGACACACAAAGUCUUCCAGGAAUGGUCACAAGUUUGACAACUAUGGCAACACAGACUGAUGUAAAUAGAGGGACACAAACAGAGGUACUUUACACUAUGAGGCCACCGAGAAGAAAGGCCAAGAGUGAUCUUGAUGACAGUGAGGAAAGUGAUACAGAAACAAGCAUGGAUUACCAUAGCAAAAUUAUCAGAAAACAUAAAAAGAAUAGGAGAAGACUAAUUAGAGACCUUGACAUUCCAGAGAGAGGACGAUCUUUGAGUAGGUGUGAUAUUAAAACUCCUAUAAUGGAAGAAACUGAAAGUGCAGUUGAAAACAUUGCUGAAAAUACUCAGUUUCAGUAUGCCAAAGGUGCAGCUGGUCAAGGUGGAUUUACAGCAACAAAAUCAAGCAUGCUUCGACUGCAAUCAACAAGAAAAAAGAUUAAAGAAGGAGUACGUUUAGAAGAAUCAAAUACAUCACUAUCAAAACAUUUAUUUUCAUCAGAAAGUGCAAAUGGAGUUCUAGCUAAUGCAAGAAUAAAAAGUGUAAGUGAACAAAAUUUAUUUUCUUUAAAUACUGGAAAAGAUUCUUUACAAAAAUCAGGAACCAAAUCACUACAAUCUACACCAACAGCCAAGAGAAAAGAUGAAAAAAUAGUGCAACAGAAACUUAAAAGAGUGAGGCAUGAAAUGAGUUUUUUAGACGAUGAUGAAUCAGAUGAAGAAGUUUAUGGUAGGUCAAAAUCGAGUUUAAAUACAAGAAAUGCAUGCACUAGUCCUAUACAAACUUAUGUCAAAAGAACAUCAUCAUCAACAGAACGGUUAAGUUCAAGAUCUGAUAAAAGAGAAGAUUCUUCUGGGAAAUCCCAGUCAAGAAGUGUAGAAGGAAGGAAAACACCAUCAAGAUAUAUGGAAUGGUAUAAAACAAAAAAGGAGGAAUGGGAAAGGAAAAAGACAGAGGAAAAAGAAAAAGAACGCCAAAGAGCAGUGAAACCAGUAAAACCAAAUAGCCAAAGACUUUCAAGAAGAGAUACUCAAACUCCUAAAGUUAAUAUAUUCCAGGAAGGGACCUCUAGAAGAUCUCCUGCCUUUAGAUCACUAAGUGCAUAUAGAACCAAAAAAGAAAUUUUAGCCAAACAAAAUGCUAUCAACACUUUGGUAGAAAGAACCAAGAAAAGAGAAAAGUCUUCAGAUGAAAAAAAAUUCAGUCCAUCUCCAGAAAGAAAACUGAGUUUCAAAGACAUCAAAGAAGAACAGAAACCCAAAGUGUUUGAAGAUGAUCGAGAUUCAGGUAUUGCAAUGUUAGCUCCUGGAAGUCAAAAUAUGAAAAGGAAAAACCAAAAUCUAAUGGAGAAAAAGAGUGUAUUUACCAUUGUUUAUGAUGAUAUGCAAACUAAGCAACUAAGACUAGAUAGUGCUUCACCUCCUUAGCAUGAAAAACAUUUGUAAGUGGAAACAUUUUUCAUUAAUUUUAAAACGGAAACAAUCACCAUUAUUGCUUAUUUGUUUUUGAUACCUUAAUAUUGUAUUAAAUGUCAUAUUAUGGAAUCCCCCUGCAGGGUGGCUAGUGAAACCACAUUGAAAAAUUCCCUGACUUUUCCCUGACGAUUCCAUGAUUUUUUUUAACUUUCCCUGAUCGACAAAUUCAAAAUUACAAUUUUAAUACUAACUAAUUCUUCAAAAGGACUAAUCUUUAUCUGAAAAAUAGCUUAAAUAUUUGUUUACAUGAAAAAAUACAUAAAAUCUAUAGAUAGGCCUUCAGGCUAGCUUAUAUUCAAACUUUGCUACUUGCCUUAGUAAAAUUAAAUAACUUCUUGAUCAGCAUUGUACGUGUUAUUAAAUUUACGGAAAGUAAAUAAGAUA